AUGUCUGUCGUUUCGCUUUUGGGUGUCAAUGUUUUGAACAACCCUGCCAAGUUCACCGACAAGUACGACUUCGAGAUCACCUUUGAAUGUCUUGAGCCUCUCGAGAAGGAUCUUGAGUGGAAGCUCACCUACGUUGGAUCCGCUACUAGCGAUCAAUACGACCAGGAACUCGACUCUCUUCUCGUCGGCCCCAUCCCCGUCGGCGUCAACAAGUUCGUUUUCUCGGCCGAUGCCCCUAACAUCUCUCGCAUCCCCGAUGCCGAAAUUAUCGGUGUCACUGUGAUUCUCUUGACCUGCGCCUACGACGGACGCGAGUUCAUCCGCGUUGGCUACUAUGUCAACAAUGAAUAUGACUCUGAGGAAUUGGCCGCUGAGCCCCCUGCCAAGCCCGUUAUCGAGCGUGUGAAGCGAAACGUGCUGGCAGAGAAGCCCCGUGUUACCCGAUUUGCCAUCAAGUGGGAUUCCGAGGCAUCUGCCCCCGCCGAGUUCCCCCCUGAGCAACCCGAAGCCGAUCUUGUCGCUGAUGGUGACGAAUACGGUGCCGAAGAGGCUGAAGAGGAGGCUGCUGAGGAGGCCGCUGAGGAAGAGGCCAGCGCCAAGGCCAAUACCGGCAACGGAGAGGAUGCCGAGAUGGCUGGUGUUGAGAAUGAAGGAGAAAACGCCCAAGAUGAGGAAGAACUGUCGGACGAUGGCAGUGUCGACAUCGAGGGUGAGAGCGAGGAUGAGCUCGAGGAGGAGGAUGAAGUUGAGGGUGAAGUCGAGGGUGAUGCUGAGGGCGAUGCUAUGGAGGUUGACGGUGCCGAGAAGCCCGCAACAGCAUCUUCAGCGAAGCCUGUCAGCGUCGCUUCCUAA